AUGGCGAGCACAUCGGGAACGGUUCCCAAAGCCGGUGGGCCUGCGGGAGAAGUCUCCUACCGCGGAGCAUUCAGUACGGCUGUUGACUCGCUCCGCACUGCGCCAGCUGGCUUUGAAGCCGAGCUCUCUGCCCUGGUGGACGGCUGGACGCCUGCCUCGGCUGCUGUCCGCCUAACUGGCUUUCCUGCCUUUGCCGCCACCGACCUGGCCACCAAGGCCACUGUCGCCAUCCGCACUCUCCGUUCUGCGCAACCGACACAUGCUCUUCGUGUAGAGUCCGAUCUCUGCGCUGUUGCUGCCACACGGGUGUCAGACGACUCGUUGCCGCUAGAGUUGGCCAUCUCCAAGUUUGGUGCUGUAACGGGGCCAGUCACCGAGCACGUGCUCACUACGCGCGCCAACCAGGCAAACCACCAUCUUGCCCUGCUGGCUGCCGAGUCGCCAUCGGCGCUGACUGCCCUGCUCUCGGACCGCUACACCCAGGUCGGUGUGGCGCUUGUUGAGCCAGGCGCCGGCGCCGGUGCCGGUGCGGACGCGGCUGACGGUGGCGAGCUCACUGUCCACAUCAUUCUCGCCUCUGAGUUUGACGCUUCCAAGGACGGCGGAAGCACCGCGUCGCUCACGUACUCGCCGGCGGAUCCGUGCCCGGUCUGCUCGGCCGCGCUCGGCAUCGACCCAGUGAUCAAGGCCGAGGGGGCAUUUUUCCACGUCCGCUGCUUCUCGUGCUGCAUGUGCUCGGUCCCGCUUGCCGGCACCGGCUACUAUCUGUACCCCGACAUCUGUGACGAGGCCUACAACGAUCCGGAUGGGCCGUCGCCGGCGUUCUACUGCGCUGACCACCGUGCUGCAGCCUCAGCUGUCCGGGCGGCGUAUGAGGACAAGAAGGCUGCCGCCAAGCGCGCCGAAGAGGACGAGGCCCGUCGGUUGGCGGCCGAGCAGGCCAAGGCAUCACAGCAAGCCCAGGCUCGGUCUGCGCGGGCGCGCCGUGGGCGUGAGUCGAUGCGCAAGCGGUCGGAGGCGCUGGAGAUUACGGCGGCGUCGGAGAAUGACCUUGCCGACCAGUCUGACUCGGCUCGUGCUGCCAUGGAUGACAUGCGCGGCGUGUCGCCGGGUGUCGGCUCGGUCCUUCGCGACUUUGACGCUGAUCCGGCCUCCGACGGCGGUAGCCGCAAGCCGCUCGAUGCUGCCCAACAGGCCCGCGCCGCCAAGACCCGCGCGGCGUACAAGCGCCAGGCCGCCAUGGCCAAGACUGUUGCCAUGCACGAGCCGGACAAGACCAAGGCCGCUCGCCUCGUUGAUGGCGCCAAGGCCGUCGAGUCGGCCUACCCUGCGCUUGAUCCCAACAAGCCGUACUCGCACGCCGAGCUGGGCUCGAUCCUCGACAACCUUGAGGCCGCCGGGCUUGGCCUCACCGCGCCGGGUGCGGCUGCUGCUGCCAAGCUCCGCCUCCGUAUGAAGGCAGUCGAGGACAAGGCCGCCGCUGGUGACGCCGCUGCCGUCAACGAGGAGCUUGGCGGUCUCUCGCAGGACAUCCGCGACCUUAUCGAUGCCGCUCGCGCGAACCGCAAGUAUCUUCCCGACGAAGCGUCUCAGAACGAGCUGGAUGGUGCGCUAGGGCGGCUGCGGAAGGUGGGCAACGAGUUUGAUGACGCCGCCCGCCGCGCCGUCGAUGAACCCGAGUUCCUUCGUGUCCUCCGCAACCUGCGCAAGGUUGGCGGCGACGAGGCCGACAACAUCAAUGCGCUGCUCCGCGAUGGCAUGGCAAGCCAGCUCCGCGACGAUCUGGCCGCUGUUCCGCCAGCCAUCCGCGACAUGUACGACGCCGCGCGUGCCGGCGACAUGGCUCGCUUUGUGCCGGCGGCCAAGGCGCUUCGGGAUGCGUCCGCCAAGGUCCUCGCUGGCGCAGAGGCUCUUGCCGAGCGCAUCCAUGAUCCUCAGAUGGGUGCGACUCUUCGUGUGGCCGCCAAAAAGCUCGGAAACGACACCCUGACCGCGGUUGAGGCCGGCGUUGACCUGGCCAAGGACGCAACCGACGCUGACGCCAAAGCCCGCCUCGGCGAGGCUGUCGCCGGCACCAAGGCUGAUCUCGACGAAAUUGGCGGCGUCGAAGCUCGCGGACGCGGUGCGCUGGAGACCUUGGUCGACGCCGUCAACGGCGGCCGUCCGGCCGACGCUGCCCGAGCCGCCGCGGUUGCGUCGGAUGCGUACGCAAAGGUCGCGGAUGCGGCGGCAACUGACGGCAACGCGCCGCGGGCCGCAGCCAUCCACAACGCGCUGGACGGGCUGUCGACGGCGGCCGAGGCAGACGCAUCGGCAAGCCCGCCCGGAGUUUCGCCGCCGCUUGCUGCCAAGAUUGCUGCUCUUCGUGGACCGGCCACUGCCGAGCAGGACGCGCUGCGUGCCGGAACUGCCGCGGUGGCAGCGGCAAAUGCCGGCGAUGGUGCUGGCACAGCGGCGCAGGUGGCGCUUCUUGCGGCGGCGCUUCAGGAGCAGCUGGAUGCCGCGCGCCUCGGCGCGGUGCCUGGCAUGGACCCGAUUGACCUUGCGGCGCUGCUGGGAGCUGCCGACCGACUGCAGGACGCGCUUGCUGGGCUCACAGACGCGCUCACACCGGCUAACGCGGCCGAUCUGGCAGCUGCGGUUAAGAAGGCUGUGGCAGAAGCUCUGGCUGCCUCGCUUGCGCUCGGCAAGGUUAUGGACAGUGACUCACCGGCGGCAAUUCUUGCUGCUCAUCUUGCGGCAGAGUCGGAUGCUGCGCUGCGGAGCGCGAGGCUAGCGGCGGCGCGUGCCGCCAACGGCGAUGCUGCGUCGCGGGCCGAGGUCCACUCCCAGGUCGCGCGCGCAACUGGCUUGCACGAGCUGCUGGCUUCACUUGCUGGGCAGGUGUCCCAGGCGACAGCGCGGCCGAUGGACGCACAGACGGCAUCGAUGGUGAUGAGCGGACUGAAGAAGCCGAUUGAGGCCGCCGCCAUGCGGGCGGUGGGCGACAACCAACCUGCGGCGCUGGACUCGAUCACAGCGGCGGCGCGAGCGAUGGGCGAGGUGGCGGUCGGCGUGACCGCCGGCACCGAGUCGCCGUUUUCGCUGCACCUCAUGGACGCCCUCAACCAGGCGAUGGCAGCCAACUCUGCCGCCGAGGCUGCUGCGCUCAUGGUGCAGGUCAAGGCUGUGCACGAGGCGCUGGCACGGGCCGGACACGAGGCGGCGGACAUGCUUGCGGAUCCAGUCUCGGCCAAGGCGGCGCACUCGCACUUUGACAACCUUGGGCCGGCGACGACAUCGCUGGAGCGGCUGGUGGCUAAGGGCGACCCGGCCGGAGUGGCGGUUGGGGUCCAGCUGGCCAAGGCCGAGAUCGCAGCGGCUCAGGCGGCGCUGGCAGGCCGGCUCGCCCCGCAAACAGAGGCGGCAACGCGGGCGCUGAUGCGCGGGGCGGCGGGCGAUCAUGACGCCGACUCUGCGCGUGCGUUUAUGGACCAGUCCGAGUCACAGUCGCUCCGGCUUGUUGCUGUUGGCCGUGGCAUUGCCGACGAGACCGACGAGGCCCGAGUCCGAUUUGUCAUCGAGGAAGCGACCGAGCUUCAGCAGCAGCAGGGCCUGCUCCGUGACGUGCUGGAUGCUGAUCUGCGCUCUGGCGGAGCCCACAGCGCCCGGCUGGCGGCCGAGGUCGCCCGUGCCGACGCGCUCUCAGACAACAUCCUCGCCGCUCUUUCUGGGCGGCCGAUGUCGCAGCUUUCACACGUGCCGCCGACCGCCGAGUCUGCAGCGGCGGCGGCGGCGGCAGCAGCAGCAGCAGCGGCGGCAGAGGCCGAAGCGGCGGAGGCGGCGGCAGCAGCGGCGGAUGGCUCGGCCGAGGCAACGGCGGGCCAGGGCCUGGACUCUGCGGCGCGUGCUGUGUCGCGUGCGACAGCCAAGUGGAACGCCGAGGGCAACCGGAUGCUUUCGCUGGCGGAGCAGGUGGCAGAGCUUCUUGCAGCCAUGUCUGCGGCGAUGCGCGCGCGCAAUAAGGAGGGUGUGGUGGCUGCCGCCGGAGAGAUUGUGACGCUUGCCGGUCAGUUGGCGGACAUUUCGAACACACUCAGCUCGCGGUGCCCGGAUCGGGUGCUGCAAGGCGAUCUGCGGACUUUGACGGAAGCUAUUCCGGCCAUCUCGACCCAGCUCAAGAUGAUGGCGCGUGUGCGGAUGUCAUUCGAUGAUGGUGCCGACUCGGACGCUCUCGGCGUCGUUGUCGACUGCGCCACCUCGCUCUCCAACUCGGUGGUCGGCGUCCUCUCCGCCUCUGAGUCUGCUGUCGUCUCGAUGCUUGCAGCCGGCGUCGAUGUCGACGGCGAUUUGAUGUGGAAGCGUCGCACGUAGUAGGAGACCCCCCCCUCCCCCUCAUUGAACAGCAUCCUUGGA